GAUACAGGUCAGGCCUACUGUGGCAAGCCGGGAAGUGCCACCACCGACUACAGCACUUCCCAUGCUCGAGGACGACGACCUGCUCGAUGGAGUGCCGGACGACGCGCCCGCGGUCACGGACGCGGACCUGCUCGACGACGACGACGAGGAGGUCGACGAAGACGCCGGUGGCAAGCGCGGGCGGCAGAGCGCCGCCGACGCGGAUGAUGCGAUGGAGCCGGCGGGCCUCUCCCGGGCGCUGGAGGACGAUCCUCCUGAGCGUGCGGCGGCCGCGCGCAAGUCCGGCAAGCGGCGGAUCAUCCAGCACGUGGCAAAGGAGGACGGCGGCGGUAUCGACCCGCAUGACCCGGCCGAGGUUGCGCGGCGGAAUGCGCGCGCCUCCAAGUUUGGGACCGAGGCGCCUCCGCCGGCGGCGGCGCCCCCGACGCUCAUCGGUCGCGAGGAGGUGCUCGCGCGCGCGGAGCGCGCCAAGAAGUUUGGCGUCGAAAAGGCGGCAAACCCGCUGGACGCCAUAGCGUCGGCGGCGGGCGGUGUGGGCAAGACAAAGGAGGCGGGGCUGUGGGAGAAGCGGCGCGACGCGGCGGCCGACGAGGUUCCGCGCGACGAGGCCAUCUACGUGUACGGCACCGACCGCAUGUCCACCUCGGACCUGCUGCGCUACUUUGCGGCGCGCCCCGGCGCGGCCGACACGUACCCGCCGCCCACCUACGCCGAGUGGGUGGACGACUCAUCGGCGGUGGUCGUGUUUGGCUCUGCCGAGGCCGCGGCGUCCGCCCUGCACUCCACCACCGCGCUGCUCCUCUCGCUCAGUCCGGAUGGC